UAAGGGAUUGGGCGGGAGUCUGUUUUGGCGGGUCAGAUGUGACUUCAACGGUGCCUUGUCAUUUGUGGACAUAAUGAGAGCUGCGAAGUAGUCACUCAACUUUUACGACGUAAUAUCAGCAGUACAAGAACGACGUCGUGACACCCUCUUUAAACCACCCGCUCUUUGGAAAUCCUCAUCUUUUUGCCCGCCAAAAUUGAACUGAAGGAGUUAAUGCCUCUCCAUCCCCAAAAUCUCUCCUCCUUUAAUUCUCUUGUGCAAUUUACCCAUCAAAAAAGCCUCCAAAAAGGCAGGGCUCUCCACGCUCAGAUUAUAAAACUCGCCUCUUCUUCUUCUUGCAUAUACCUUGCGAAUAGUCUGAUAAAUUUUUAUGCCAAGUGUUGCCAUUUACCUAAAGCCAAGCUUGUAUUCGAUCGAAUUCAUAAUAAAGACGUAAUAUCAUGGAAUUGUCUCAUAAAUGGUUACUCCCAACAGGGUCCCACAGGGUCCUCCUUUGUCAUGGAAUUAUUUCAGCGCAUGAGAGCAGACAAUAUCUUACCAAAUGCACACACUUUUUCUGGUAUUUUCACUGCCGCUUCAAACUUGUCUAGCAUUUUUUUUGGUCAGCAGGCUCAUGCUGUUGCCAUCAAAAUGGCGUGUUUCUAUGAUGUUUUUGUUGGUAGCUCUCUCCUCAAUAUGUAUUGUAAAGCUGGUCUGCUUUUUGAGGCUCGCGAAGUGUUUGACAGAAUGCCCGAGAGAAACGAGGUUACAUGGGCUACAAUGAUUUCAGGGUAUGCAAUUCAACGUCUUGCUGGAGAGGCUUUCGAAGUCUUUGAAUUGAUGCGAAGAGAAGAGGAGGAUGUGAAUGAGUUUGCAUUCACUAGUGUUCUUAGUGCUUUGGCUGUUCCUGAAUUUGUUGAUAGUGGCAAGCAGAUACAUUGCCUUGCAGUUAAAACCGGGCUAUUAGUAUUUCUCUCUAUUUUAAACGCGCUGGUUACCAUGUAUGCUAAAUGUGGGAGUUUAGAUGAUUCUCUUCAAGUGUUUGAGAUGUCAAAUGAUAAGAAUUCCAUCACAUGGUCAGCUAUGAUCACUGGUUAUGCUCAAAGUGGGGAUUCUCAUAAGGCUUUGAAACUCUUUUCUAGGAUGCAUUUUGCUGGUAUUAAUCCUAGUGAGUUUACCCUUGUAGGCGUUCUUAAUGCUUGCAGUGAUGCAUGUGCUGUUGAAGAAGGAAAGCAAGUGCACAAUUAUUUAUUGAAGUUGGGAUUUGAAUCUCAACUCUAUAUAAUGACAGCUUUAGUUGACAUGUAUGCAAAAAGUGGUGUUACAGAAGAUGCUCGAAAAGGGUUCAAUUAUUUACAACAACCUGAUCUUGUUCUGUGGACAUCCAUGAUUGCAGGGUAUGUACAAAAUGGGGAGAAUGAAGAUGCUCUGAGCUUGUAUUGUAGAAUGCAGAUGGAAGGGAUUUUGCCCAAUGAACUAACUAUGGCUAGUGUUUUAAAAGCUUGUUCAAACCUUGCUGCUUUUGACCAAGGAAGGCAAAUCCAUGCCCGUACAAUCAAAUAUGGACUUGGACUUGAAGUUACAAUUGGAAGUGCUCUUUCAACCAUGUAUGCAAAAUGCGGGAAUCUAGAAGAGGGAAACAUUGUCUUUAGGAGGAUGCCAGAGAGAGAUAUAAUAUCAUGGAAUGCAAUGAUAUCUGGACUUUCUCAAAAUGGGUAUGGUAAGGAAGCUCUAGAACUAUUUGAGGAAAUGCGACAGCAAGACACGAAGCCAGAUGAUGUCACAUUUGUGAAUGUUCUCUCUGCUUGUAGCCACAUGGGAUUGGUUGAUAGUGGCUGGUUGUAUUUCAGGAUGAUGUUUGAUGAAUUUGGUUUACUUCCAAAAGUAGAGCAUUAUGCUUGUAUGGUUGAUGUCCUGAGUCGUGCGGGGAAGCUGUAUGAAGCCAAAGAAUUUAUUGAAUCAACAACUAUAGACCAUGGCCUAUGUUUAUGGCGCAUUUUAUUAGGUGCCUGUCGGAACUACCGUAAUUAUGAAUUGGGAGCGUAUGCGGGUGAGAAACUAAUGGAGUUGGGCUCACAAGAAUCGUCUGCUUACGUGUUAUUAUCCGGUAUCUAUACUGCCUUGGGUAGGCCAGAAGAUGUUGAACGAGUUAGAAGCAUGAUGAAAGUCCGAGGAGUGAGCAAGGAGCCUGGGUGUAGCUGGAUUGAACUCAAGAGCAAUGUUCAUGUGUUUGUCGUUGGAGACCAAAUGCAUCCAUGUAUUGGAGAAAUUAGAACAGAAAUACUAAGAUUAAGUAAACAAAUGAAGGAUGAAGGUUACCAACCUGCUUCAGUUACAGACUCUUAUGACUUUAUGAUGUAGCAUGCAUAAUAAUUCACUUCAUUCUUUGGCCA